AUAUUGAUCAAUUUAGUGUCAAAAAAAUAUAUUAAUAUUGCAAUGACGUCAUCAACAGAAAAUGUAGUAGCCCCUUGACAGCAAACGACGCAUCACGACGGACUACUUUGUUUUGUUUUCAUUUUGGGAUCACUGGAAGUUGAAGGCUACGGGACAAAGGGUAGUGCGAUUUUUGCUGCGUGAGAACAUAUUUCUGAAGCAUACUUAUAGUUUCAUUGCUUAUUUGUGUAUCAAACAUUCUUGUGCAUUAAUUAUUCAAGAAUGCUUGACUUGGAAGUGGUCCCUGAGAGCAGUUUGUCGCAUGAACAAUGGGAGUUCAUUCUGGGCAUGCACUUCUCACAAGCUGUUAACAUUAUUCAGCAACAGGUUGGAGUGAUAAGGGAUGUUCACAUAAGCUACAGUGAUACAAACCCGCUGGAUCAUGACUUGGUCAUCAAUAUGACCAAUGAUGGCAUCCGCCUACUUUUUGAUCCUGUUGGCCAGCGGCUCAAGGUCAUCGAAGUGUACAACUUGAGCAAGCUCCGGCUCAAAUACGGGGGCUGUGUGUUCAGCUCCACGGAGGUGGCGCCAUCUAUACAGCAGGUGGACCAGACGUUCGGGGCCACCCACCCGGGCAUCUACGAUCGAGAGCGACACCUGUUUCUGCUCAACUUCCGCGGCCUCACCUUCCAGUUUCCCGUGGAGCCCAAAUUUGAGCCGCGGUUCGCUGGCGGUCUGGGCUCGCUGCAGUUCCCCGGCGGUGGCUCACCACUGGUCUCCCAGAUGAGCAUCUACAGUGGCAGCAGUCGGACCGCCACAGAGGCUCCGCCGAUGCCCGUCUCGUGUUUCGGAGGCCAGGUGUACACCGAAAAGUGUGACGUCAUCAGAGAGGAUGACGUCACCAAGGGUGUGCGGCUCCAUCUUCUCGCGGCAAGCGACACGCACCUGGGCGCGGACAGCGAGCCGACGCGGCUGGUCCGAGAGGUGCAGUUCGGAGACUCGUGUCAGGACGUGGCCACGCUGCUUGGUGCCCCCACCAAGGUCUUCUACAAGUCUGAGGACAAGAUGAAGAUUCACAGUCCGUUCGCGCACAAACGGGCCGCCUCCAGACGCUCCGAUUUCUUCUUCAACUACUUCACUCUGGGCAUUGAUAUUUUGUUUGACGCCAGAACGCAUAGAGCAAAGAAGAUUCUGCUGCACACCAAUUUCCCGGGGCAUUACAACUUCAACAUGUACCACCGAUGCAACUUUGAUCUCUCUGUCGACCCGCACUCGUCCAUCAUCAACACGACCACGGACGGCGUGCACAUCCGCGCCGACACCAAGUGGGAGUCGGUGUGCGGCACGCUGAAGCCCUCCAGCCGGCCGGUGGUGCUGAACCGCGCCUCCACCACCAACACGAGCAACCCGUUCGGCUCGACGCUCUGCUACGGCGUGGAGGACUUCAUCUGUGAGGUGAUGAACAACGGACACCUGGCAUCGGUGACGCUCUACCAGCAGGAGGAGGCGUGACGUGGGCCUCUGGCCGGCUAGCUCAGUACCAUCACCGCCACCUUGGCAGCGACAGCUGCGGUAGCAGCGGCAUCGGCAGCGGAGGUUCUUCGGUCAGGUGUGUACAAAAAGACACCGCCGCCGGACGGGGAGCGGAGCCGCUCGGUCGCCGCCCGGUCGCCGCUCGGUCGUCUGUCCGCCACGGGAGGGAUUCACUGUCAGCCGCACCACCCAGUGGCAUCCAGCGCUUUCACACAGAUAUAUGAGGCGUCGAGCGAGCCCCACAGAGGGCUGGGCACCUGUACUGGACGACGUCAGCGAGCAGCAAUCAACACGACGAGAGACCUGGGGUCUGGACUGCGCCCGGUAGCCCGGUCACCGGAGCAGACGCUCUACAGUAUCAGAGAUCACGGCAGCAUCGAUCGGCUAUUGAGCGAGUAGAGAGAGACGCGUGGAAGUCAGAAGGUUCUGGGGAAAAUCCGAUCGCGUUGGGCCCGCUGGCCCAAGUCAAUGUGUUCUGAGAAAUGCGAGUUGAGUAAGGAAAUGAGUUAUUAGUCAGAUAAGACGGAGAGAAUGCACCCUGGAUGGUUCAUCUCGAUCGUCUGAAAACCAACAGAGGCGUUACAGGCUGCCAGCAGGGCCCCGAGGCCCGCUCUCGACACUAGUUAGUGCUAGCUUUAGGUAGAAUAUUUUGCGCUUCGUCACGGUCGUCUGUGCGUAGAAUAUCGCGUAGUUUGCUGUGCGCAAUGUGUGUCGAUAUAUGAAGUUUUCCUGAGUUGUUACCAAGAUAUGCAUUACCUCUGGACAGUGGCGGUUGAGAGGCGACGGCCUGUCGCUGGUGCCCCGGCUUACUGGUCGGUGCUGAGCCGAUAGUAUGUACUUGCGCCGGUGUGCACGGGGAUAUAUGCUGCCAUGACGAUGUGUGUUUACCGCAGGGUGGGAGCCAUCGGUGCUGACCCGUGACCGGCCGGUUGGUGUGGAGGGUCCCAAGACACGCGUUAUUAGUGAGUUACUCGCGUUUGGCCAUGGGACGGGUCGUGUGCGACUGUGACUGUCUGCGUCUGUCCCGUGCCCGGUCACUCCCUCACCCAGUCAUGUUUACGAAUCAGUGCCUACACCCGCGGUCUACUAAGUCUGUCGCUCUGUGUGGUUCUCGGUUCCGUUCGCGCCUUACGGACCUGUGCUCGUCUAGAACCCACGGAAGCCGGCCAUGAAAUGACCUACAUAUAUGUGCGGGAUCGGUUCGUAUCAUCGGUCUAACAUGGAUCGCUCGCGGGUCCGGUGCCAGUUUUGGUUCUCUCACCGCAAUAGUCGCCCAUGUCACGGUGCUUGUGCGGCCUUUUAUAUAACAGAGCCGGCGGACGCACCGUGCGCUGUCUCACAGGAUCUCGUCUGGGCCGUGGGGUUCGCAGGGGGGUGUGAAUGCUCCGCCACGUUAAUAAACGGACUUAUUUUGC